AUGCUUAGUAGAACUAUAAAUAGAGUAGUUUCAUCUAUAAAGCCAUCUUCAAUAGUCAGAAUGUCUUCUACUACUGUUCCUGCUGCUCCUACUCCUACUGCUGAUGCUGCUAAGGCUCCAAAGGCUCCAAAGGCUUCGAAAAAAAGCAAGUUGCAAGUCUCUUUGAAGACACCUAAAGGUACCAAGGACUGGGCUGACACUGAUAUGGUUAUCAGAGAGGCUGUCUUUAACACUUUGUCCAAUAUAUUCAAAAAGCAUGGUGGUGUCACUAUCGACACGCCUGUCUUUGAAUUAAGAGAAAUUUUGGCAGGUAAAUACGGUGAAGACUCAAAAUUGAUUUACAACUUGGAGGACCAAGGUGGUGAAUUAUGCUCUUUGCGUUACGACUUGACGGUUCCAUUUGCUAGAUACGUAGCAAUGAACAAUAUUCAAAACAUCAAGAGAUACCACAUCGCAAAAGUCUACAGAAGAGAUCAGCCGGCUAUGACCAAGGGUCGUAUGAGAGAGUUUUACCAAUGUGACUUUGAUGUCGCAGGUAGUUUCGAAUCAAUGGUGCCAGAUGCUGAGUGUUUGUCCAUCUUAGUGGAAGGUUUAACCAGUCUGGGUAUUAAAGAUUUCAAAAUYAAACUAAACCACAGAAAGAUUCUUGAUGGUAUUUUCCAGAUCUCUGGUGUCAAAGACGAAGAUGUCAGAAAAAUCUCAUCUGCUGUCGAUAAAUUAGACAAAUCCCCAUGGGAGGCCGUUAAGAAGGAAAUGACAGAAGAGAAAGGUCAAUCUGAAGAAACCGCCGACAAAAUCGGUGAAUACGUUAAGUUAAACGGUUCUCUUGAGGAAGUUCACACCAUCUUAUCCCAAGAUGCAAGCAUUACUUCAAACGAACUGGCCAAACAAGGUUUAGAUGAGAUUGCCACUUUGAUGAAAUACGCCGACGCAUUCGGUAUCGAUUCAUAUAUUUCAUUUGAUCUUUCCUUGGCCAGAGGUUUGGACUACUACACAGGUUUGAUCUACGAAGCCGUUACAUCCGCUUCCGCUCCACCAAAAAAUGCUUCAGAAUUGAAGAAGAAGGCUAAAUCUGUGGAAGAUGCCUCUGAAUAUGUUGGUGUUGGUUCUAUUGCAGCCGGUGGCCGUUAUGAUAACUUAGUCAACAUGUUUGCUGAAGCCUCUGGUAAGAAGUCUACUAAAAUCCCAUGCGUUGGUAUUUCCUUUGGUGUCGAAAGAUUAUUCUCUUUGAUCAAACAAAGAAUUCAAACCUCUACAGACAUCAAACCAACUGCGACACAAGUCUUUGUCAUGGCCUUUGGUGGUGGUAAAGACUGGACUGGUUACUUGCCUGAAAGAAUGAAGGUCAUUAAACAAUUAUGGGACGCCGGUAUUGAAGCAGAAUACGUUUACAAAGCCAAGGCUAACCCUAGAAAGCAAUUCGAUGCCGCUGAAAAAGCUGGUUGUCAUAUCGCCGUGAUUCUUGGUAAGGAGGAAUACUUAGACGGGAAACUACGUGUCAAGAGAUUAGGUCAAGAAUUUGCGGAUGAUGAUGGUGAAUUGGUUAAUGCAGCCGAUAUCGUCGCCAUUGUCCAAGAAAGAUUAUCUCAAGUUCACGAAGACGGUCUUGAUGAAGUUACUCGUUUAAUCAAAGGAUUAUAA